CAUUCUGGGGAAUGUGGUUCGCUGUGGCCCAGAGGCGCGAGGGCCGGCGGAGUUUCUUCAGAGGAACUACCGCCCUGGGAGGAAGCGUCCGUUUAGUUUCAACAUAGACCAGUGGGCUUGGGAGCCUACGAGGUUGCAGUCUGGAGGGCUCCAACAGCAGCUGCCAGGGCUGCUUUUCCUGAACACGCUGCAAGCACGUCAAGGUGGUCGGAGUCCCCUAACAAUGGAUAAAUUCGUCAUUCGAACGCCUAGAAUCCAGAAUAGCCCUCAGAAGAAAGAUUCUGGAGGAAAGGUUUACAAGCAGGCCACGAUUGAAUCUCUGAAGAGAGUUGUGGUUGUAGAAGACAUAAAAAGAUGGAAAACUAUGCUGGAGCUUCCUGAUCAAACCAAAGAGAAUCUUGUUGAAGCCUUACAAGAAUUAAAGAAGAAAAUACCCUCCAGGGAAGUGUUAAAAUCAACAAGGAUAGGUCACACUGUGAACAAGAUGUGUAAACACUCAGAUUCAGAAGUGGCUUCUCUUGCCAGAGAAGUUUACACUGAGUGGAAAACUUUCAUUGAAAGACAUUCAAAUAGACCUUCUAUUGAAGUUAGAAGUGAUCCCAAAACCGAGUCGUUUAGGAAAAAUGCUCAGAAAUUACUCUCAGAAGCCUUGGAAUUAAAGAUGGAUCACCUACUGGUUGAAAAUAUUGAGCGGGAAACGUUUCAUCUCUGCUCCCGCCUCAUUAAUGGGCCGUACCGGCGGACGGUGAGAGCCCUGGUCUUCACAUUAAAGCACCGAGCUGAAAUCCGGGCUCAGGUGAAGAGCGGCUCGCUGCCAGUCGGCACGUUUGUACAGACCCACAAAAAGUGACCUGAGGACGGUUCCAGCCCUGGGCCAGGCAGAGAGGAAAAUGGGCCUGUCUCUGCCGUUCAAAGACGCUUUUGAGUUUGGGUGAUGGCUGAUGCUGGCUGUGCUAGAUUUUCCCAUGGUGCCGUUCCUUUGCAGACAGAGGAUUCGGAGAGCCCUAGGAGACAGGCCUGCAGGAAUGUGCUUCAUUAGCUGGAGUGCGCUGGUGCUGCCUAACAGAACGCACACUGGCUGUCACUAGGAAGCGCCAUACGGUUGCUAUCACCCAACAUGGUGAAAGGGUGAUGGAUUUCACUGUGAGUAUGCCAAGGACACCUCUAAACUUCCCCCCAUGUCAGGCAGAUGAAGUUACUACUUUAUUUCACCACCCUGCAGGUAACUGAAACUCAAUUACCGCUGCCGCUCACUCGGUUCCAUCCCCCUGAGUUUAGAUAGCUCUGGUGCCUCUCAGAACUCCCCUGUCUGUUCUCUUUGCUCUACCCCAGGGGUGAGCCUGCCAGAGCCAGCCGACUACCCCUUCUUCCCAGAGCUCACUUAUCUGAACGUUUCAGCUCUCCCUGGAAGACCUUCUGCGUUGGUCUCCAGAGCCCCCAUGCUGAGGCUACUAAUGAGGAACUGGCCCGAAGCCUCCUACACCUCAGGGUUUAUUUGAAUACGCUGGCGCUCUCAGUUUAGGGCUCUGUAGAAGAUACAUAAUGAAAUUUCUCUUGAAAUGAAUUACUGCAGUAGAAAAAACUACAUACCUAUAUAUGUUAAAAUGAAAUAUCUCUACACUGGCCUGUUUUAACAAUUAUGUAAAUAAUACUUGUUUUUUAAAAGUAA